AAAAUGGGCACUCCAAGGAUCGGAGUAGCCAGGACCCUACCACCACCACCCCCAUAUAAAUAGUGGUCUCUCACUUCUCUCUCCUCCCACUUCAAACACUGUCUGAUCUCCUUUACGAUGACCACACCAGACGAGUCACUGGCGUUAGAACUCAUACGCCAGCACCUCUUACAGGACCUCACUUCUACAGAAACAUUCAUGGACAACCUCAGUUUCUGUUUCCCUGAUGUCGCCGACGGCGAACACAUUGUUCCUUUCGAAGAAACGGCUCCUUGUCCUUCCACGUCCGAAUCCGACUCCAACUAUUUCUUUUCGGACCACCCAAAAAACUCUGAAUCACCUACUUCAGACCCGGAUUAUCUAAAUGUCGAUUUAGAUUCAUCGGAGUAUGAAACAAAGCCCCAAAUCAACGACCUAGCCCCAUCGACACCUUUCAUUGCCGGUUCUCCAAACUCGAAGGUGAAGCCAAGCAGACCCGAGCUAAGCGAAUCCGGGUCAGUCACGAAAACUUCAGAGAAUGCCCACAGAAGGCAGUACAGAGGGGUGCGACGGCGACCAUGGGGAAAGUUUGCGGCGGAGAUCCGAAACCCCAACCGAAAAGGGUCUCGGGUCUGGCUAGGAACGUAUGACACAGACGUCGACGCAGCUAGAGCUUACGAUUAUGCAGCGUUCAAAAUGAGAGGAAGAAAAGCAAUUUUGAAUUUUCCGCUGGAUGCCGGGAAGUCUGGCCCACCGGCAAACACCGCCAGGAAGAGGCGGAGAGAGAAGAGAAUGGAAUUACCGGUACUUGGUUCGUUAACGUCGUCAAGUUCGGCGGUGGUUUGGGAGGGAGAGGAUGACAACGGUGAAGGCGAAAUUAUCAAGCAAUUUGGUCACGUUUAAAAAAAUUCGAAAUUCUGUAUGUGUGUUGUGUAUAUAUUAAGUAGAUGCUAUUGUACAAACCCUUACCAAAGGGAGGCUAAUAUAGAUUGGUUUGUUUAAUGUCCAGUGUCUUCCAUUUGAAUUUAACAAGUAAAAAAUAGA